UGUGAAGACUCACAACACCAGAUGUUUUAUAAAGUUUUUGAUAUUUUAUAACUACUUUUAAAUUUUACUGCAAAAUGGCUGAAACGGAAAAACAAAAAUCAGUAGCUAAAGCUGAUAAAGAAGUUGAAGAAAAUACGAGUAUAGAGGAAACAAACGAAGAAUCUCCUUUAAAAUUGGAACAUGGUAAUGAUAAUAAUAAGGAAAAUGUAACUAAGAAAAUAACCUUCAGAGAAAAAUUAAAAUUAAUAAAAGAUAACAUCACAGUGGAACCUAUUAUGGCUUGUUAUAUAAUGCCAAGCGUUUUGGCGUCAUUAGCUACUCAAAAUUUAAACCUAGAAAAGGUCUGUCGUGUGAAUCUUAAUUAUAGUAUUGAAAUUUGCGAUGCCUUAAAAUCUAGACAAACGGAAAAUUUUACUGAAUAUGAGGAAAAUGUUCAAACAUACACUGCUGGGAUCCAGGCUUGGAAGAAUAUAGUCCAAACAGCAAUUCCAGUUCUCAUUAUUUUAUUCGUUGGAGCUUGGAGUGAUAAAACUGGUAGAAGGAAGGCGUGUAUCCUUAUGCCGAUCGUAGGAGAAUUCAUUACAUGUAUCGGUUUUAUUAUUAAUACCUAUUACUUCUACGAACUUCCAGCCGAAGUAACUGCUUUAACAGAGAGUAUAUUUCCUGCAAUCACUGGUGGUUGGUUUACGAACUUUAUCGGUGUAUUUAGUUACAUAGGUGAUAUUACUACUACUGAAGAUAGAACAUACAGAGUGGGCAUUGUAAAUUUAUGCAUGUCUCUUGGCUACCCAAUAGGUAGUGCACUGAGUGGAGUAUUACUCACGUGGAUAGGUUACUAUGGAAUAUUUUCUCUAUCAGCUAGUCUAUAUUUGUGUAGUCUUCUAUAUGGAUACUUUUGCUUAGAAGAUCCUAAAAAGAAGCAAGUCAAAAACAAAAACCAUGGCCGUGUUGGCUUUUUACGAGAAUUUUUCGAUGUGUCUCUGGUGAAAGAAACAUUUAAAGUAGCCUUCAAGAGAGAUAAUAGUAACAGGCGAGUUCGAGUGUGUCUUCUGCUAAUAGUAGUAUGUGUUGUAUUUGGACCGAUGCAAGGAGAGUUUACUGUAUUGUAUCUGUUUACGAGAUUUAGAUUUAAUUGGGAUGAAGUAAAAUUUAGUAUCUGGUCCACGUACAGUAUAAUCACUAACUUACUUGGUACAGCUUUUUCAAUUAGCCUCUUCAGCAAUUAUCUCAAAUUAGACGAUACAUUACUUGGAAUAAUAUCGUGUACGAGCAAAAUUGUUGCAUCAUUUGCUUAUGCCUUCGCAAGAAAUGAUUUGGAAAUAUAUUUAGCACCUCUAUUGGAAAUACUCAACGGCACAUCGUUUAUUGCGAUGCGUUCAAUAGCAUCAAAACUUGUCAGCGGAGAAGAAUUUGGUAAGGUGAACUCUCUCUUUGGUCUUGCAGAAGCAAUGACACCUUUGGUAUACGGCCCUCUGUAUUCAAGGGUUUAUAUCGAAACAUUGAAUAUUUUACCUGGAGCGGUAUUCCUCUUAGGUGCACUACUUACUGUUCCGGCUAUAAUUAUAUUUGGGUGGCUUUACUUCGAACAUAAAAAAGAUAAAGUCCAGGAAGAUAUCAAAAUAAAUGACAAGGAAAAAUGCCAAACAUGCUAGCUGUGCGUUUAUUACAAAAGAAAUCGAAAAAUAUCACUGUUAUAAAAGACUAGUAUAAAUUAAUGUAUUUUUAUAAAGUAAGUUACUUAGGCAUGAGUGGAGAUUUUAUUCGUUUCAUUGUGUUUCUCUAAUUAAGAUUUAACAGAAAUCUCAGUUUUGUAUUGAAUAAAUAAAAAAUAUAUA